GCGCAGGACGAACCCCGCGAAAGUCGGUUCGACCUCCGGGAGCUCAAGUUCUACGGCGAGUCGAACUCCUUCCGCCUCCACCGUGGGCAGUGGACGGACGACGCUGCCAUGGGCCUCUGCAUUGCAGACUCGAUCAUCAUGAGGCGAGCCUUUGAUGGCAGCGACAUGCGCGUCAGGUUCUGGUGCUGGUGGAACCGCGGCAUGAACAACGCGUUCCGUCACGACCGCACGAGGAGCUCUUCAGUCGGACUCGGCGGCAACAUCGCGAAGUCGCUGUACGACGUCUCGCGCCACAAAUCGGUCGACUCCGUGUCUCCCACCUUCGAUGUCGGGGGCGAGGACGCGGGUAACGGCAGCUUGAUGCGAUUCACCCCGAUCGCCCUCUACCUCCAUUCGGCGUCCUGGGACGACCUGCACGGUGGCGGAUUACUAUGCGAGGAUGUCCUCCUAUACCACGCAUCCAGGGAUCAUCGCUGCCGAGGCGUGCUCCUUCCUGGCCGCUUCCUCGACGAGGCGGCGGCCGAGUACCUGGAGUGUUCGGGCCUGUCCAAGAAAUCUGGCUGGGGAUACGACCAGAUGAAGUGGCUUGUGACCUCGAGACCCCAGAACGAUACCGAGCGCUGCUGGAAUUGGAGGUCCAAGACCAUCGACAUAUCUGGCACCCUGAGUGCUCGCGGGAGGAGCUACAACGGCUACCCGGUCUCUGCCGGAUACUUUGGCUCCUACUCGCUGGACGGGAUGGCGUUGGCGCUGUGGUCUGUCUACAAUACCACCUCGUUCGACGAGGCUGUGACACGAUCUGUGAACCUCCUCGGGGACGCAGACAGCCACGGUUCCAUCACCGGUCAGAUUGCUGGCGCCUUUUACGGUUACCGAAGUAUUUGGCU